CGCAUUAUCACCACCCAGCAACAAACAUCAAUUUGAUCAGUACCCACAACCCACCAAACCACCGCACUUCGCAGCGCCUAAAUCUACAUUUAAAUUCAAUUCAUUGCGCCAGGCGCCACAAUGGCCAUCGAAGAGAUUGCAGCGGGCUUCUUCACCCUUGAUCAACGAUUAUCUUCCUUUGAAGUCUCACAUCCACUCCCCGGACGCCGAACAUCCAAACGAGCGUCAAAAGCAAGCGCAAAAUCUGCGAGCAAAUCACUAAAUUGGCCCCAUAAAAGUCUUGCUCCAGAACAGGUUCGUACAAUUGCCUACCCCUCUAUUCAUUGCCCUACAGAAAGACGCGUCGCAUCGAAACCAGUUAUUUUCCACGUAUUCAUACUUACAUGCGCAUAGCUCGCCAAAGCCGGGUUCUUCUACCACCCUCUUCCGGAAAGUCCUGAUAAUACCGCAUGUUUUCUCUGCCACCGCCAGAUAGAUGGAUGGGAAGAAGAUGACGAUCCGCUAGUAGAACAUUUGAAGCAUUCUCCAGAAUGCGCGUGGGCGAUAAUUGCUACAAUUGAGGUGAACGAAGGUGUUUACGGUCAGGAACAGCUAUCUAGUAAGGAUAUGUUGGAUGCUCGAAAGGCAACCUUCGCAAACAGAUGGCCUCAUGAUGCAAAGAGGGGGUGGAAAUGCAAGACCAAACAGGUAGGCUUUUCCGUUGCUGCUCAAGAAAGAUUAUUCUAAUGCGCCGAAUUUCAAGCUUGCGGAGGCGGGAUGGCAUUUUGCGCCGGUGGAUGACUCUGAUAUGGCAGUUUGUGCAUUUUGUCAUCUAGCUCUCGAUGGAUGGGAGCAGAAAGAUAUUCCUCGGUAAGUCUGGAUUGCGUACACAUCAUAUCAUGGCUUCAGGGCUAAUUCAAGAAGUGAUGAACACUACAGACGAUCCCCCGGUUGCACCUUCUUCACCAUUCCCGCUCCCAGCAAACAAACCAAAAGAACUUCCAAAGCCAGGCAGUCGCGCAUGACUACGGCUUCAGCUGCUUCUCCAGCAUCCUCCGUAGGGUCUUUAGCCGUAGGUCAGAAGCGCCGAAGUGAUAUUUUCGAAGAGCCUCCAGCCAAAAAGCGCCGCAAUACCAGAAGCAAGUAAGUAAUCAUAUUUCUUUGCACUUGAACCACGUAGCAGAGUACUCUACGUAAUGUCCAGAAAAUCAUAUACUGACUUGAAGAACAGAGUCGUUGCAUCACCAAUCGAACGAACCCCUACUCCUGAACCCGAGCCUGAACUUGAGUUAGAGCCCUCUCCCUCCCCUGAGCCCGAGCAUGAAUCGGAGCAUGAACUGGAGCCAGAGCCGGAGCCGGAGCCGGAGCUAGAACCUUCUCCCUCUCCAGUACCAGAAAAGACCUAUACGCCUGUAAUUGCUAGGUCGUCUACACCACAAGACACACAUAGCCCAGAAAUGGCUAGAUCUCCCACACCAGAACAAAAUAAUACACCUGUCGUGGCCAUAUCGCCCGCACCAGAAGAGGAUGAACCAGUAGCGCCAGUCGAGCCUAAACCUACACGACAGGAAUUUAAUACACCAUCCCAAUCACCACGAUCCUCGAACGCAGAAAACAAACCACCAAAUAAUGGCCUACAAUCCACCAAUCCCUGGACUGCGAUCGAUAUGGACGCCGUAUUUGUAGGGGCUGACAGUACCGUACCACCCAAAGGCGGGGAACUGAGUAGCGUAGAGAAAGGAAUGACUGUCGAACAAUGGAUCAGAUACAACGCCGAACUAGCCGAGGAUCAGCUGAAAACAGAAUGUGAGAGGAUGGUCAGUACCUUUGAGAACCAGGGGACGAAGGCAAUGAAGACGUUGGAGGGGAUUGAGUGUAUACGAACGUAAGUGGUGAUCUAGAGGGGCUGUGAAGGAGUUUGAUAUUCUGGGAAUAAGAAACCAGAAACGCGCACCAUGUCGGCGUUGUGGGUUUGAUUGAUUACGGGCGGGCAAAGUUCUCGGUUGUAGCUAGUCAUUUUGUUUGCGGAAUGGCGUAUUGGGCCGGGUCAGGCAUAUCAGUACACCUGCACACCGAUCGGAAGGCUGGCAGGAGUCAUUGAUGUCUGGGGACAUAUGAAGUUCAAUGUCGAAGGUUACAUACAGUAGGUAGCUAUGAAAAGC